GUACUCUGGCGUUUUGAAAAUAGGAAUAGUGAAGUGGCUUCUCAUGCUUACCAGUACUCCAAGGUCACCAGAUCUACUACAAGUCAUUUCAAAGGCUAUUCUUUGAAAACAUAAUUAUUUCUAGAAUUAAGUUAUUUAAAAAUUUUUCAAGAAAGUAACUUUGUUAAACUUUAUUAAUACAGAUGCUGUGCCCAACUUCUUGAAGGAACCUACUUCCAAAUCAGUCCUCAAAGGGAGCGCAGUCAAUUUUGAAUGCCAAAUAAAUGUUGCACAACCCAUUUAUAACUGGCUGAAAGAUGGCAGUAACAUCAGUAAAGGCAACAUCUUCCCUUCUGGCUUAGCAACAUUGAAGAUUGAUAACCUAGAGUUUUCUGAUUCUGGGAAUUAUUCCUGUGUAGCUACUGAUAAACAGUCAGGAGAGACAGUAACAAAAUCAGCGACCUUAACUGUGCAAGGUAUAGCACAUUUUUGUUAUGAAAUCCUCAGCUCUUAAAACCCCUUAACUCCGAUGAGUGACCAAGACAGAAUUUCUCCUCAGAAUAUCAAAACAAUAUCAACCAGAUAGGUGAUGAGAAUAAAGAAAAAUAUCAAUUUGGGGAUAAUUAGUUGAUCUAAGACUAAAUUCUCUGAACUAACAUAAUAAGAAUUGUAUGGUCAACAGUAAGGAGAAUGACAAAUUUGAUCUAGGAGUUAAAGAGUUUAUAUCUAGAUUGUAAUUCUCCCUUCCAGCUUUUAUACAUGUCUUUGCUACUUGCAAAGGAGAAGAUUGUGUUAUAUCAAGAAUAACACUUUCUUCCUGAUAGUUUUGUGUAUUCUCAUUACUUGUUUGCUGGAGAAUGUCCUGAUUUUGCAAGUAGAAGAUGCAUUUUAAUCACCUCUGGUAGUUAAAUGGUCAAUUAAGAGAAUUAGAUUUAGUUUAAUUAUUACUUCUGUUUUGGUCUUUUGACACCAAUAAUCAUAAAGUUCUCUAAACCUCGUCUAAAAAUUGUGACUGACUAUUUCUUGAUUACUGUUCUAGGUGUCCCAGCAGUAAGUAUUUCUAAAACACCUUCAUCAUCAGCAACGUAUGUUGGGCAAUCUGCCUUGUUUCACUGUGAAGUUGUUGGAUAUCCAAAACCUGUUUUAAAUUGGAAAAAUAGUAGUGAUGCCAUCAUUUCUAGCGGUGGACGACUUGAGGUUUUCAGCAAUGGAUCAUUGAGGAUAAAUAAUUUAGUCAAGAGUGAUGAUGGUAGCUUGUUCAGCUGUAAAGCUCACAACUCGUUUGGCUCAACAUCUGCAAGUACAACCCUGAUUGUAAAUGGUAUGUAAUCUUACAUAAUUAAGCAAACUGAAACACACAAUGAUCUCCCUAUUUUCAGGGUACAAAAUUACAUUCUAUAUCUCUUUUAUGUACAUAAGAAUAUUUCUGUGUUGAUAUAUCAGUCAAAUGAUAUCCAAAUGGUUCAGCUUCUUCUUGGUAAUGUCUUUUUUAAACAUAUAUCUUUUGGAAAACAAAAAGUUUGAAAUUCCCUCCAUAAGUAAUUAGUCAGAUGUCUACAAGUCCUUUUAAUUACUGAUGUUCUUACAUUUUGACCAAUAAUUGGCCAGAAAAUCUUUCACUCUAAAGUAAUAAAGGUUGGACUGCUAAAUGCAUUCUAUGGUAUUAUCUAACUGUUAUAAUUAAGCAUCUCUUUAGCUUAUCACAUGAAUAUUUUUGGACUUAAUUUGUUUUUUAAGACCUGCCCAUCCCUCCAUCAUUUACAACAAGACCAGGCAACAAAACUGCUAGUGAAGGAGACAGAGUCACAUUUUACUGUAGUGCCAAUGGUAUUCCUCCUCCAAGUAUCACAUGGAGCAAAUUAUAUGGGAACAUUACAGCUGAUCGGAGGCAAGAACCCUCUCCUGGUGCCUUAAGGAUUGUCAAUCUUCAGCAUGUGGAUGAUGGUGUCUAUGUCUGUACAGCAAAGAAUUCUGAAGGGAAUGUCACAGCCUUGGCAUUUCUACGUAUCCGAGGUAAUUAUUUAAUGUAUGUAUAUAAGAGAUUACAUUGAAAAUUAUUCUUCAUGUUCUAACUGCAACAUUUCAUUCACUUAACUCAUCGCCCAUACUUUUCUUCUUCUAAGGUUAUCCUCGUAUAACAAGGACACCUUCAAACAAAGUGGUUGAAGAACACUCACCUGUCCAAUUUAUCUGUUUAAUUGAGGGAAACCCAACCCCUCAUGUGGAAUGGACCACACCCAAUGGCUCCAUAUUUACUCUGCAGUCUCCGCACUUGGGUACCAUAAAAGUCCUUUCAAACAAUUCUCUUAGUAUCUCCAUGGUAACAGAAUCUGAUGGUGGGACAUAUACUUGCAAGGCUGUGAAUGAUGUUGGAGAAAGGUCUGCCUCUGCAACCUUAAAAGUUUUGAGUGAGUCAAGCAAGUUAUUUAAUACUUUUGUAUAAUUAUAAUUAAUUUUUGUAAGGUUGGAGUUAAAAAGAAAUCAAUCGUUAUCAGUUGUAAUGAGGUUACUGAAAGGUCAAUCAGUUGCAGUAAUCAUACGAUAUUUGAUUAGAUUCUUGUGUAGCCUGUGCAGCCCCCUUCCCCUUCCCAACUUUUUAGAGGGGAGAGGCAGCUGUACCCUUUUUUUGUUUUCGGGCUAUGAGUCCUUUUCAAUCUAAACAGUGUAGCAAAGAGCCUGCAGGACAACCCCCUAGGGCUAGUGCACCCCCUAGGGCUAGUGCACCCCCUAGGCAGUCCAGUACCUGCAAAACUCCAGCUGUUAGUACAUCCUCUUGGGGGAGGUGUAGCAAUGCACCUGGUAUUUUUGCGCUUUAGAAACUUUGGUAAACUUAAGCAACAAUGAACCAUGCGGUGUAGGCCCACAAGAAUGAAUGUACUGUUAGUAAUCCCAUUAUUCAUUUGUCACAUUUUGUUAUAUGUGUCAGCUCCUCCAAGAUUUCUUGUGUCCAUGGCAAACAGGACACAGAAUAUUAACACUCAACUUGUGGUGGAAUGUGGAGCUUAUGCCAUGCCCACUCCUGAGUAUCAGUGGAUAUUUAAUGGCACAAUUAUCACAGCAAAUCGCCACCUGAAUUUGAGUUCUUUGUCUCUUGGUGAUCAAGGAUUCUACACUUGUGUUGCAAACAACUCAUUUGGAUCAGUUUCUGGUAAAUUCUACCUAGCAAUUCAAGGUAAAUCAUUCAGUGAGAGAUUAUUUCUUUUUAUGUUAAUAAGUAAGGACAAUUUUCAUAACAUACUACUAUGUAUAAACUUCUUAUCUUAUUCAUCAAGUCUGCUUGUAAUGUUUUUCAUCUUUAGCAAUUAAUGUGUUAUGAUUUUUGUUUUUCUCUCUAUUGUAACUGUAUAUUAGAAGGUAAUUGUUUAUAUCAUAUUAUAUCUAUAUUAAACCAUACAAUUUCUAGUUUUAGUUUUUCUUGCGGUAAAUUGUUUUGCUGAUUAGUCAUUAUUUCAUAUGUAUUUGUACUGCUGUGAAGGCUGUAAGUUAGAUAACUCAUUGGGUAAAUAACGUUACCUUAGUAAAAUAAAGAAUAUUGUAUUGUAUGUGUAUGUUCAGUUUCCUAUUGAGGAAAUUAAAUUUUAAGACACCAAUUUUUUUAAGAAGGGUCAAUUCUGCAACUCAUUUCAUCUGUUCUUCAUCUGCAGUGCCACCAAACUUUGUAAUGUCUCCAAUAAAUCAAACCAUUCCUAAAGGAAAAACAGCCAUAUUUUCGUGCCAGGCUACAGGAAUUCCUGUUCCUUCCAUCAAAUGGUACAAGUCACAAAACCUUAUCACCAAUGAUGUGCGCUUCACUGUUUUAUCAAAUGGAACACUUGUGGUCAAAAGUGUAUCUGAACAAGACAGUGGUUGGUUCACCUGCCAUGCAACAAAUGACGCAGGAACAAGUGAAAAAAGAGUAUACUUUUUAGUGGCUGGUAUUAAAAAACUGCAUUUAGUGGUUACAUUAUUGUUUAAAUAGCUGAUAGUGUUUUUAAAUGCAAUGAGAGUCAAGCAAUGAACUGUAAGGUUUGAGUCAUUGUACAUUUCCCUGUAAAUUAGUUAACUCUUCACUCUCAAGAUUUCAUUAGUAAUUCUCCUUACUGUCUGCCAUACAAUUCUUAUGAUUUAAAUAUGGAGAAUUUGGUAUCAGAUCACCUAAUAAUCCCCUAAUUGAUAUUUAUCUUUAUUAUCAUCACUUGUCUGCUUGAUAUUGUAUCGGAAUUGUAAGGAAAAAUUAUUUCUUUGUCAGUUAUAGAAGUUAAAAGGUUGACAAAAUUUGGCACGUAUUUCAAGAUAGCUUGGCAGCAGGCCUCCCUAAUAGCGCUGCAGGGUGCAUGUUUCUCUGUCUGCAAGAAGAUUUGAGACAAGGUGGAGAGAGAGUUUUGCUGGGGGUCUGGCACUUUAAUCCUUUAACUCCCAAGAUCUCAUUAGUGAUUCUCCUUACUGUCUGCUAAACGGUUCUCAUUAUGUUAGUUUGGAGAAUUUGGUAUCAGAUCAAUUAGUAAUCCCUUAAUUGACAUUUUUCUUCAUUCUCAUCACUUGUCUGCACGAUAUUGUAUAGAUAUAGUAAGGAGAAAUUCUGUCUUGGUCACUCACAGGAGUUGAAGGGUUCAGUGCUAGACUCCUUGCUCCCCACUGGAUCGCCUUGCUCAAGGCUUCAUACUUUCGUGUGGGCAAAUAAUCACUGGUGCCAAUAGAUAGAGAGAAAACAAUAGAGUAUAUUUUUAAGUGAUGUUUCAUGUAACCACAUUUUGUUCCCCAACUCAUCACCCCUAUUUCAGUCUAAAAAUCUAAAACCAGCCCUGAUAUUGUUCUAAAUGGCAGACAAGAGAAAGCAAAGAUAGAUCUGUGAUUCUCUCUCCUUCAUGUCUCAGACUCUCCUGUGUUCACCAUCGCUCCGAGUAAUGUCACAGUCGAUGAACGGAGCAGUGCAACUAUGUCAUGCCGCGCCCGUGGCCCUGAUGAGCCUGUUGUUACCUGGAUGCUUGAGAAAACCGGUGGAAUCAUAACAAAUAUUGUUCCCAGUGCCACUGUACAGAUUCAUUCCAAUGGAGAUCUAACAUAUUUCAGCGUCGCAUUCCAGAAUGGAGGCCUGCACAUUUGCAAAGCUUGCAACACUGCUGGGUGUGCGAGUGCCAAGGCCUACUUAGAUGUCUUAUGUAAGUCAACUCAAGUAGUUUAUUUGUAGAAAGAUAUUGAUAUUUUUACCCGCGGGAACUUCACCUCUGGGUUAUGCGGUCCUGUGCUCAACUCCCCCACUUGCGGGGGAGGGGAAUUCUGGGUAACAGGCUCAUGGGGAUGUGCUUCUAGAUGAGAUCGCAUUUUCACCACUGGAUUGACUUUAAUGGACUUGCAUUUUCUAUGGAAUUACCAGAAUGGGGUCGUUCGUUUUCGGGAUUUUAAAGAUAAGAAAAUUCUGUUAAGUUGGGAUUUAUAAAAUUGGAAGAUUCGCGGUUAAAAAGUUGUUAAUGUGUCCGCAAAAAUGACCAAGACAGGGAUCUGUAAUUGGCCAAAGAAUCGACUAUACUGGGGUAGGGGUUUUAAGAGGCCAGUAGCCCUACUCAGCAAAAAAUUGACCCAAGCACCCCCUCUCCCGGGGGGGGGUUCUCGCUGGUGAACUAGGUCAUGUAGUAGUUACUCCAGGCCCGGACUGAAGUGACUUUGUGGUUUGGUUUAGGACAAGACGUGUUCCUCUUCAUUAGAAGUACAAGUAGGUGCAACCUUCACCGGCUUGUCACUGAUAUCUCCAAUUUCCAUUUUAUUUUUCUUACAAAUCUAGUUGCCCCACGAUUCAUUGUCCCACCCAACACAGUGUAUGCUCUUAAAGGCCAAACUGCCAUUUUGGAAUGCAAGCCGGAAUCCAAUCCCCCAGCAACCAUAACCUGGCUUCGAAAUGGCGAAAGCCUUGCUGGGACUGGAAACCAGUACCGUGUUAAAAAUGUAGAGCCAGAGGAUGAAGGGUCAUACACUUGCAAGGCAAGGAACAGCAGAGGCUCAACACAGCAAGUAGUUGACGUGAAGAUCGGAGGUAAACUAGGUUUCGAUAUUUAUUGUAUGCUCGAAUAUUUGGGAAUGAAAAGGCCAAAAGGGAAUUAUGUACACUGAUUGCAACUCGAUUAAGGCAUUCUGAGUACUCAUCACUGAAAUAUACUCAUCAGGCCCUAGUGGUUCUAAGAGCGGAUAGCGCUAUACAACGGAUAAAUUGCUAUCUAGCGGACAAGUGGUAAUCAAAAGUACUGCGCUAUCCCGGAUAGAGAUUUAUCCAAUGAAUAGUGAUAACAUGCACGUAAUCUGUGACUGCCGUAAAACUUACAUGUAGAUCUCAGUGAUUACAACGGCCGUGAAAAUAAAGGAAAUCAGACGUGUGACAAGGAGCCAACAGCGGUUCAAAAUGGAACUAGCAAGCAAUGUUGGGAAACGCAGCAAAGUGUCGCAUCUGAUUGGUCGAGAGAGUGGCGUGAUGGUUUCUUUACACUAAUCCAAUCACAUGAGCAAUUCUGCCGCGGAUUGCUAUUGAGUUUCCUUUGAAAAUUGCUUAAGAGCGCUUUCAGAUCGAGGUUCGUAAAACUAAACCGGGAAAAAUGACUUUGGCCAAUCAUACCAAGGAAAAAAGUCACUUUGAGCCGAUGAGAAAUCGAUGUGAAUGUAACAAAGCAGACUUCUACUCAAGAAGAGCAUGCACUCAUGACCAUGUCGUGGUUGAUUCUAGUUUUGCUCCUGAUUGGUUAAAUAGGGGCUGGCGCGAGUAAAUCCAAUGAUGUCCAAAAAGAUUACUUUCGAUGCUCAUUGAAAUUGCCUUAAAAUUCACAGCCAAAGCCGAGAUUAUAGACUUCCAAAAGACUCCAUCACAGAACAGCAAAACGAUCAUGAAGUGUGAAGUGGAAGGAAGCCCUCGUCCUCAGGUGACCUGGUACCUACAGGGUUCUAAGUUACCAGAUUUGCAAAAGUUCCCGGAUUACACCGUCGAUGCUAAUGAUGAGUUGAUCACUCCUGAUGUAUCUCUUGUCAAUAACUCCUUUUUGUGUAACUGCACUAAUCCUCUGGAUACAGUGGCGAGGUUUGCAAUAGGUAAGCUUUCACGAACUUUUCAACAUAUUGAGAAUUAAUGAAUAGCACUCUCUCGGGAAAGUUUCAUUUUAGAAUUUAUGUGGAUCAGUGCAGACCUAGGCGCGAUUUCCACCAUUUUCUCGAGUCCAGUCUCUGAUCCUCCCAAGAAUGAACUUCAUGGAGUGAGCGCAGGCUCGUGCUCCGAACAGCGGCUGUUCGAGCUUGGUGCAGACCGGAAGUUCCAGAAACGACAGGAAUACGAUGAUUUAGACGGAGCCCUUAUUUGCAUGUGCUUUUCGUUUCAGUCCCCAGACCUCCUUUUCAACCUUCAGUCACAAGUAUCAUGGAGACAUCCUUAGAAAUGACUUGGACCCAGUCUGACCCUUUGGAUCUCGUUCUUCAGUAUAUGGUGCAGAUGAAGACUGUAGUAGGAGACUGGGAACAAGUAAACGACACGAUAAAAGGAAGUUCGGUUCCUGUGAACAACUUACAAGCGUUUACAGUUUACAGUUUUAGAUUGAAGGCAAAGAAUGGACUGGGUAGUAGUCAAUACAGCCAGUCAUCGCAAAAUGUGACAACUCUGGAGGGAGGUAUGAGGAGGAGUUUACCUGACAUAAUUUGUCCCUCAUUAAACACUGAGAAAUAAGGGGUCGAAAACGCGAGAAUUCGACACCAAGAAAUCUCUCUAAAAAACCUUCUUAAGGGUAACACUAGAUAUAAUUUGCAUUGAUUUCCACUUCAGGGACCAAGCAUUUGAACUUUCGUUGUUUAUAACCGUUGUUAUAUGUAUGCUCUUGAUUUGGGGGAGAAGAGGGCUGUUUUGAUAUAGCACCGUUGGAUUGAAGUCUUUCCCAGUCCCUUCGGUUUCCUUUCUUGGCAACUUCAGGACCUUCUCUUUCUCUUCAAACAACUUUACCGAUUUCAAUCACCUAUGACUGGGAUAAAUUAGUGAUAAUACAAACUUUUUUGCCGCAAAAUACGAAACGGAGAAAUAGCUGAAGGAUCUUUACAAAGCCAAAAUCUCCAUGUGCAGUUAUAAAAGGUCAAUGCACAGAGACUUGUGCGGAAAAUGGUCAUUCUGACUUGAAAAAAAUUACUUUCGUUUUGCUUUCAGCUCCAUCAACCCCGAAGGAUUUGAAAAUGACUGUCGAAAACGCGACUGUUGUUUAUGUUUCGUGGGUAAAACCUGAAAAUUUAAAUGGAUAUCUUAGCACCAUUUUGUACAGAAUCAACUACGGACCUCAGAAUGGGAACAGUUCUCAGGAUGUUUUCGUCCAACACAAUAUUGUAAGGAGCCCACAAAAUUUCACGUUGCGAGAGCUGGCUGCCGAUACCGUUUACAUGGUCAGGGUAUACGCUGGAAGAAGAAGGAAAGAUGGAAUUGAAAGGUGGAGUAGAGCUGUAUCAAAACAAAUAACAACCAUGCAGCUAGGUAAGAACUUUAGUUUUACAGUAAAUGGUUACAAUUAUAAAGAAGGAAUUCCCAAUAGAUAUUUUUAUAUCUAAUACAUAUAAUUUUCCGAAUUACGAGAAGUGCUAACUCUUAGGAGCAUUUUUUAUAUUUGAAUUCUGGGUCUCCUUAAUAACAAGAGACUCUUUUGAUAACAAGAUGUUUUCUGUUCCGUUUUCAGUUCCCCUUACACCCCCUGUGGAUUUAAUUGUACAGUCAAAUGGAGCUUAUCAGCUUAUGGUUAAAUGGAAGGUGCAAGAGAGAAUUAUUUUAGCUUCUGGUUACACAGUGUUUUGUAGCUUGCAACACUAUCUCGUGCCAUCACUUGCAAUGUUAGUCAUAUUGCUCCUGACUGCUGAUCAAUUGAUCGGCUUUGACCUUAGUUAUGGUGCUUUUUCACACUUUUAAACUUAGAAUUUACUAUGAAUGCGUGAGUAACUUUUUGUUAAGCAUGAAUGCAGUAUCCUUGAUAGAAUUAGAGAAACGUAGAGUCAGAAAUUGUACAUUAUUUUGUAAUUGUCUCCUAAGUAAACCUAUACCUUUUUCUCACAUGUUUUUUUGUUUAUUUCCAGCUUCCUUCAUAUUCAAUAUCUGGUUACCGUAUAUGGUAUAAAAAGUUAGAGGGUGCGGUGUUUGAUGGGAAAGUAGUUAUUCCCCGGAUGUCGGACACUGUUUACCUUAUAACAGGUCUGGUACCAGACACCAUAUAUGAAGUGAAGGCCCGGAUGUACAGUAACGCAGGGAAUGGUCCUUUCUCGGAACUGUUCGUCGUCAAGACUGAUACUGGUGAGUUAAAGACACCUUUCAUCGUGCGAUAGUUUAGGUGACGAUUUUUUUUUUCAGAUUUCGUCAUUGUUAUUAGCAUUAUCACUGUUGUUAUCAUUAUCAUUACUAUUAUUAUUUAUGUUAUUUUUAUUCAGAUAAGUUUGCUGUGACGUCAAGACAAAGUGAUGGGACCCAGUCCUCUGGAUUAAAAGUCGCAGUCGUCUGUCUCGUGCUCGGUGUUCUCCUUUUGCUCAUCAUCAUCGCUUUUGUUUGUCUCAAGCGAAGACAAACCAAGCGCUCUCGUAAGUAACACCACUCAGGAAGUUCUUCUUAAUUUUAAAAACCCACGUGUUAUUUGUCCCAAGUCUGUAAUCGUCGCAGUCAAAUCUUCUUGGUAGCCUGGAGACCAGUGUUGUGGACGAGUGAAGACUAAUGCUAAGUUCCCAGCGUCCAACUCGACUUGUGCAUACUGUUUUUAUGUAAAUAUGUAUCUACAAGAGCUUGCAUAGUUUCCACUGAAUGAUUGAUGGUGAUCUUUUCUUUCCAGGGCAAAGUUUUCACAUCAGUAAUCGUGAAGACCCUUCUCUCAAGUACAUUUUCCAGUAAGUGUCGAGAGUUUACUAACGGUUUGUUUUUCUAUAUAUUUCCCAUCCCAAAAUAUUUAAUUUAUUUGAAAGUUUUUCCCUGUUUUCUUUCAGUAUUUCUUUCUUUCUGUUUUUCUGUAUUUCUGCCUUUCUUUCCUUUUUUUCUUUCCUUCCUUGUUUGUUUGUUUGUUUGUUUGUUUGUUUCUUUUUGUCGUUUUUUUUCCUUCCGUCUGUCUUCCUAGCUUUUUUUUUUUCAGUAGCGUAGGGGGGGGGCAAUCUAACAGCAGAAUCUUUUGUAGCAUUCUUUGGCAGGCCAGGUUGAUUUAUUGUCACAUGUACCUGGACCUUCGUCGGCCACGCCCUUCCUCAUAUUCUUUGGGUUUUCUUCUUAGCAAUCGGAGGACAGGGAGCGCCUCACAAGUGUCCUCAAGUGGCGACAGCGAGGGAAGUGUGGAAGGUCAGUACAACUUUGCGCCUGCAGAUGACGAAAUCGACGUUUAAAAACGCACGUGUUAUUUGUCCCAAGUCUGUAAUCGUCGCAGUCAAAUCUUCUUGGUAGCCUGGAGACCAGUGUUGUGGACGAGUGAAGACUAAUGCUAAGUUCCCAGCGUCCAACUUGACUUGUGCAUACUGUUUUUAUGUAAAUAUGUAUCUACAAGAGCUUGCAUAGUUUCCUCUGAAUGAUUGAUGGUGAUCUUUUCUUUCCAGGGCAAAGUUUUCACAUCAGUAAUCGUGAAGACCCUUCCCUUAGGUACAUUGUCCAGUAAGUGUCGAGAGUUUACUAACGGUUUGUUUUUCUAUAUAUUUCCCAUCCCAAAAUAUUUACUUUAUUUGAAAGUUUUUCCCUGUUUUCUUUCAGUAUUUCUUUCUUUCUGUUUUUCUGUAUUUCUGCCUUUCUUUCCUUUUUUUCUUUCCUUCCUUGUUUCUUUCUUUCUUUCUUUUUGUCGUUUUUUUUCUUUUCGUCUGUCUUCCUUUUUUUUCAGUAGCGGGGGGUGGCAAUCUAACAGCAGAAUCUUAGUAGCAUUCGUUGGCAGGCCAGGUUGAUUUAUUGUCACAUGUACCUGGACCUUCGUCGGCCACACCCUUCCUCACAUUCUUUGGGUUUUCUUCUUAGCAAUCGGAGGACAAGGAGCGCCUCACAAGUGUCCUCAAGUGGCGAUAGUGAGGGAAGUGUGGAAGGUCAGUACAACUUUGCGCCUGCAGAUGACGAAAUCGACGUUGGAAUGUUCGAAGGUGAUAGAAAUUCUACGAGUUUUGGUCAAGACCUUGAAUUGCGAUACCUCGAUUCAGCGACUUCGACCUCGUACUCAGAGAGAAACGUGGAUGACGUUGUACGCCUCGAGGAAUACAAGCCGAGGCGUAGUCCCAUUGUCUCUCGUGGAAACUCGGUAUAUGACGAGGUAAUACCAAGUGACAGUAAAGGAAAAGACGAUAGAUACCUUAAACCGAAUAAUACGACGAAAAGUGAAGGCCUUGUCGAUUCUGCCGGGGUAGAUAAUAGUGCCUUCCCACUCUCUGACUUUGCUGAAAAUGAAGCUCCUCCUAACUGGAGACCUGUACCUCCGCCUAUCGAUAGAAACCAGUCGCCGGUUUAUGCGCAGGUGAUUAAAGGCCGAAAGACUAAUCCGGAAAAUUCCGUUCAGGGCCCAGACGAGUCGGCUAAGAAUGAGCCCAUGGUGAGUAGUCCUAACGACCAGGCUACCUUUACAAAGAACUCUGCUAAAAGUCUUGAAAACAGACCUGUGAAUAACAAGUCUGAUUCGGAGAUUUUAUCUGAUGACGAUGAUGAACUGGAUAGGCCUCCGCCACCUCCUCGCCCGAGCCAAGUGGAUGAUGAGUGGGUGCGACCUCUUCCUCCUGAGAUUACGGCGCUCCCUGGGAGAAGGAAUCGUUUUGCAUCCUGGGCGUGCGAGGACGCUGAUGGUGCAAAAAAGACUAAUCCGGAAAAGUCCGUUCAGGGCCCAGACGAGUCGGCUAAGAAUGAGCCCAUGGUGAGUAGUCCUAACGACCAGGCUACCUUUACAAAGGACUCUGCUGAAAGUCUUGAAAACAGACCUGUGAAUAACAAGUCUGAUUCGGAGGUUUUAUCUGAUGACGAUGAUGAACUGGAUAGGCUUCCGCCACCUCCUCGCCCGAGCCAAGUGGAAGAUGAGUGGGUGCGACCUCUUCCUUCUGAGAUUAUGGCGCUCCCUGGGAGAAGGAAUCGUUUUGCAUCCUGGGCGUGCGAGGACGCCGAUGGUGCAAAAAAGACUAAUCCGGAAAAUUCCGUUCAGGGCCCAGACGAGUCGGCUAAGAAUGAGCCCAUGGCGAGUAGUCCUAACGACCAGGCUACCUUUACAAAGGACUCUGCUGAAAGUCUUGAAAACAGACCUCUGAAUAACAAGUCU